AUGGCAGACCCAUUUUCUGUGGCCGGGAGUGCGGUCGGGGUCAUCUCCCUUGGCCUCGCAGUUUGCCAGGGCCUACUGGCCUACUAUGGGCCACUCAAAGCUUAUGAUGAGCAAAUCCACGACGUCUCGGACCGCAUUAAAAGCUUUAAUAGCACUCUAAAGGCGUUGAAAGUCGUGCUCGCUAACGCCGAAGUUUCUUCUUCUACCCUUACGGCUCGACCUGCAACUCAGGCACUUGAUUGCAUUUUCAAUUGCCAAGAAGGCUUGAAAAGAUUGAAGAGCAUGCUGGACAAAUGCAGAGGCUCUCCAUCAACUAAGAGCCUUUUGGGAUCUAAAAUCCAGGUGAAUAGGAUGCUGUACCCUUUCAAGCGUGACACCCUGGUAACGCUUUUGGACACAACGAGUUGGCUACAAGCUGAUCUCAACACCUCGUUGCAAAUUUUGACCAUGGCUAUGGUCAUCCAAAGUCAAAAGCAAACAGAGCCAGUCAUCACGUACUCGGCCUCGACCGCCACUAAUACAAGUCAGAUGCUAAGCUUGGCUAGCAUGUCUGAUCGGCGCGGCGUUCAUAUCGAGCAAAAGCUAGAUAUGAUCGAACAUCACCUCAAACAGAUGCAAUCAUACCUCAGCGAAUUCGUCGAAAAGAAUGUUCGUGUCGUAGUCGGACGCGCACGACAUAUUUGGGAGGAGACCAUACGGACACUUCAACUUGUGAACUUCACGGCGAAAGCAAGUCCGUUAUUACUUUACUACAUCGUCGAAUAUUUUGCGGAUGGGCUACUUGAAUUUCGAGCCAUUGUGCCAGCCAAUUCCGAGAUCUUCCUUGUAUUGUCCCGUGCAGAAAAGAGUCUGGAGACCCAAGAUGUCUCUGGUAUCAUCAACGAUACCCAAAAGGCCCUGUUUGGAAUAGUUCUUAGAGGCGACGGUUCAAUGUCAGAUGCACUUGGCAACGGCAAUACGAUUUUACACAUAGUGACAUACUGGCAACGUUACAGUUUUCAGUGGGACACACGUUCACAGCUUACCUGGCGUUCAUUUAUCAAUGCCAUUCUACAGACUGGGAUAUCUCCUGAUCGUACCAAUGAUCGCGGCGAGACUCCUGCUGAUAGCAUGAUCCAACGGUUUAAUAGCAGACUUAGCGACCUAGAUAAGCACCAGGUAACAGUUGAUAUCUGUUCAGACCUACUAAAAGCUGGGGGCUACAUGACUCGAUCAGCCCUUGAUUGGAGACAUCAAGAAAAUUGGUUCAACCCUGCUUAUUAUGGUUUUCGAGGGGAUGGACGAAGAAAUGAUAAUCUGUUCGAAGAUUUUACCUUCCGCCUCAUUUGGAAGAUUGCUGAUGAGAAAGGGCUUCAAGAAAAGCUUGAGCCUCUUGCGUAUAAAUCAACGAAGCUUCUGGUCGCGAAGCUGAGAAGAGACAAUGAAGUAUAUCGCUGGAUCGAAUCCUAUACUCGGUGGCCGCUUGGUCUUGCCUUACUUCUUCAAUCUGGACAUGCAUCAAUUGAUGGUGCACUCAAUGCCGCAUGUGAAGCGAACUGCGAGGAAAGCGUGAGACUAUUGAUCCAGGAUUACAGCUGUUUUAUCGGAAAGGAGGAUCUAGAGCUCGCUAGUUUCCAUCCUAACCCUGCUAUUGUUGAUCUAAUAGUCAACACAUUCAUUGAUCGCAGAAGACGGUUACAAGCUCUAGCUGUGGUACACUUGCCAAGAGAAGUUCAAUAUCAGUUAAACAUCAGAUCUGAUACUCUGCUAAACGUGCAUGCUUAUGAAGCAUACGCACUACUCUCAGCGGCUUCUGUGGAUCUGGAAACUCUUUUAGAGCGUCAAACGUGGUCAGUCUUUGACUGUUUCGGGGCCAAUCUUGAGCUGGCAGGCCGGCUAUACGAAGCCGGCUUCAGAGACCUGAAUGAGAUCGACAAGGAUAACGAAACGUGCCUGACAAAUUUGUGGCGAUCUACACCACCAUGUACACUGGAAGAAUUUCUCCAAAAGGCUUAUUGGCUCAUCAGCAGGGGUGCUGAUGUCCACCACCAAGGCCCAUCCGGAUCCGCUUCGCAUACUCUGGGAAACGGCGUGGGAUCUAUUUUACGAUACACUGGCCAAGAGGAAGAGUGCCGAUUGGAGAUUCAAUCUCUGAGCGGUAACUCGAAGGAAUUGCUGAGGAUAGUUCUUUUCGACAAUGUUCGAGAUGACUGCGAGUGUGCAUGCUCUCUGAACGGAUGCUCUCCGCUCUCGGCUUUUCUGGGCGGUCUUUUCCCAACACGAACCUACGGUGACACCAGAGACCUUGUUCAGAUGCUCGCAGAUUUAUUAUCUGUGGUACUCGAUGGCUUCGAAGCUGUGUCUCCUGAGCACUACAAAAAUCACUUGGGGGCAGGCAUACUUCGUUUCAUCACAUUCAGGAGCCUGGAACUCACUCAUACUUGCUCGCAUGAGUAUAGAAAAAUCGAGCCAGAUGACAUAAAAGAGAUUCACGACGAAGAAAAACUAUUAAUAUUGGAUCUCGUGAACCUAUUGAGAGAAUUAUCCGAGGAGUUCGAGGAGCACAACUUGCAACUUUCGAGUUUCAUAACCGGCCCGUGGCGGGCACACAUGAAUUCAUUUUUAUCAUCGUCCAGACCACAAGGCACACAAGAAGCAAGUGAGAUUCUACAGGCAGGUGUCAUUCUUGAUAAGAUCAUCUUUUCGCGUUAG